AAACCCUCUCGCUUUUCUUUCUCUUGAUCUUCUCCCUGUUCUCCGUGUCCAACUCGCGUUUCCUUCUUUCUUUCUAUAUUGCUUUGAACCAUUAAAAAGAGGAAGAAAAAUCCAUCGAUCGUCAUAGAAAUAAUCACGCAAAAUCAUACUUUUUUUUGGGUUUUCUCUCUUCUUGUAAAAGCCUCCUCGUCUUCUUUUCACCCUUUUAGUGGAGAUCUCGAUUGGCUAUUCGAUCGCUCAAGAACAGAAGCGGUUUUCUUCUUCUUUUUCCGUUUUCGAAGUCGGAAGUUGAAAAGUUCUUGAGAGGUUUUUUUUUUUAUGGUUGGAUUUUGAGGAGAAUAAUGAUGUCGACCUUAACAGUUGGGUUUUGAAGUGCUAUGGAACUGGUGCUUAUAGCCCAACAUACCCAGCAACAACAACUACAGAAACAACAACACCACCACCAACAACAAGAUGACUGUUUACAUUGGUCGCGAGGCUUCCAAGUUAUGGAAGAGGAUUUGUGCAGAGACGACAACAGAGAUCAAUUUACUUGCAGAUAGUUGGAAAUACAUUCUUACCGGUUUAAUUUUUCAGUACAUACAUGGCUUAGCUGCCCGAGGAGUUCAUUAUCUACACCGCCCAGGGCCAACGUUGCAGGAUGUUGGGUUCUUUCUUCUUCCGGAGUUUGGGCAAGAUAAAUCCUACAUUAGUGAGACGGUGUUCACCUUCGUCUUUCUAUCCUUUAUCGUGUGGACUUUCCAUCCUUUCAUCUUCAAGAGCAAAAAGAUCUACACAGUUUUGAUUUGGUGCAGGGUUCUAGCAUUUCUAGUUGCUUCUCAAUUUCUGCGGAUCAUCACGUUCUAUUCCACCCAGCUUCCAGGUCCAAAUUAUCAUUGUCGUGAGGGAUCAAAACUUGCCAGGUUGCCACAUCCAGAGAGUGUAUUUGAAGUACUCUUAAUUAAUUUUCCUCGGGGCAUGACACAUGGUUGUGGUGAUUUGAUUUUUUCAUCGCACAUGAUAUUUACUCUAGUCUUUGUCCUCACAUAUCAGAAGUAUGGCACAAAAAGGUGUAUAAAGCAGUUAGGUUGGCUGAUUGCUGUAGUUCAGAGCUUUUUAAUUAUAGCAUCACGCAAGCAUUAUACUGUUGAUGUUACUGUAGCGUGGUAUACUGUUAAUUUAGUGGUAUUCUUCCUGGACAAGAAAUUACCAGAACUACCUGAUCGGACUGGUGGUGCUUCUUUCUUGUUGCCAUUGAGUACCAAAGACAAGGAUAGCAAGCCUAAAGAAGAGAACCACAAGCUCUUGAAUGGGAACUCAGUGGACCCUGCAGAUUGGAGGCAGAGAACCCAAGUCAAUGGCAAGAUUCUGGAUGAUGCCAAUUUAGUCCAUGCUGAUGCUACUGCAAUGAAUGGUGCAUAGAUGAUGGAGGCUGCUAUCUCUUCCGUAACUGCUUGCAGGAACUGAAGUUCACAUCAUUCUGACCUUGGAUAGAAGGAUUUAGUAGCUGCUGCGGUCAGCUUCUAUUCCCAAGACUGCUAGUACAUUUGAUUUGUAUUCUAGAGAAAAUGAAAUUUGGGGUUGUGCAUUGCUACAAUAUGCAGUCUUGUUCCUUUGUCAUGAAUCAUGAUUGAAACAGUCCCCCACUAGCAUCAGUAUGUAGCACGGUUUCUCAAUGGUUCGUAUUUCCUCCAUGUUCUUUCUUGAA